AUGUAUGGUGAGGGUUCACUGAUCGGCGAAGCGCGUGGAGGGCACCGGAAGAUAGCGAUCAAUCCGUCGUUCAAGAGCGAUGAUUACUACAAGUUUCCGUCGAACAAGAUUGGAGGUAUGCAUCAUGGUUGGUACUAUAUGUAUUUCGUGCUAUUGUGGGACCAGGCGUUUCGACUGCCAUAUGCCAUGGCGAUAGGAGGGAUAAUUUUGGCUGCAUUGUUCCCCGGUUCAAGUAGUGGAGCGUUAUUGACAGAUGGUGUUAUGGGUCGGACGUUGCCUUUGUGGGUGUUGAUGACGAUGUCUGUUUUGAUGGAAAUUUGGGAUGUGGGUCGUCGAGCACGUUUGGUUGACGUGAUGAACGAACGUGUGUACGUUGGGGUAGAUCAUGUAGAGGGACGCGCGGUGGCGGUGACUCGCGCAGAAAUACGGAUUGGACAGAUUCUGCGUUUAAAAAAAGAUGACGAAGUUCCGGCAGAGUGCUUACUGCUGAGUACGAGUAACAGCGACGGUACGAUGUGGGCCGUGCAGGAUUCGCUCACUGGACGACGGGCGAGCACGCGACGUGUGGCAAUCAAGGACACCCGUGGUGAGGUUUCCAUUGCGGACUUGGUAGCCAUGAAGGGCGAAAUUCAGUGCAGUCAGAGCAGCGAAUUCUGCGAACAAUUCAGCGGUGUGCUUCGACUCAAAGACCACCCACGCGGCACCGACAUCGACCCGCGCUCCUUGCUGCGAACGGGCAACGUCGUCGCCGGCUGCGAGUGGUGUUACACGAUCGUGUGCUUCACUUCGUAUUUGAACCGCCAGGACUUCUCCCGUGCCAGCCAGACGCACAAACGUGCGUACGAACGCGCGCUCAAUGUAACCACUCUCCUCCUGCUCGCCCUGGCACUCCUCGGCGCGGCCAUCCACCUCGUCCUCACAUAUACACAGACUGACUACACCACAGACAUGCUCCUACCUCUCUCCGUCGGACACAACACUCUCUCUCUCGCCGGCUCGGACUCGCCCUGGACCGACGCAGGUGGCGCGGGAAACGGCGACACGCAAAGCCAAAAAACCUACACACGCGCAAUCGCACACAUCUUCCGGCAUCUCGUACUCGCCGUAGACCACACUGGACUUACACUCACACCGCUGCUCGACCUCACUCGUUUCAUACACGCACGCGUCGCCGAACAACAGCUCGCCGCAGACUUUGCGCGCGACGCCACCGCCCGCGCUGGUAGCACACUCGACCCCGGUGUACCACACAGUGCGCCACAUAGUGCCGCACCCAGCGGAGUCGGCGAGAGAUUGGAAGUCGGGAGGCCCAGCGGCCUCGGACGAGCAAGCGGUAUGGGCAGAGAAGGCCCCGUGAGGAGAGCAAGUAGCGCCGGAAGGCCCAGCAACAUAGGAAGAGCCAGCAACAUGGGCGGCAGCGCAAACACCUUGUUGGCGCCGCACUUGUUCGAUGCACUGACGCUGGCGCAGACGGCGGUGGCGACGGAGGGUGGGUCGCGAGUGCCGACGGCGUUGAUCCCCUCCCGAAUUAGUUUGACGAAGACGGCGUACAUCGGGAACCUUAGUUGCGUGGACCUAAUUCUGGCUGACAAGACGGGCACACUCACGAACAAAAGCAGUCUACGGUUCGAAGCAUGCGCUGUGGGUCUCGAAUUGUACGGACUCAAGACGCGCGCACGCUCCAAGAGCAAAACCAAAGGAGUUAAAACCCCCCCCGGCGAACGAGCCGCCUCGCCCACGACCGAGGAAGCAACACCCUCCGUCGCGCCACGCCCGUUCGGGGACUACCUCCCCGGUAGAGGAGGGGACUACUCUCUCGCCGAGGGAGAGAUGUACUUCCCCCCUGGGGAGCGUGAGGCGCGGGCGUUCGGAGGAGACGGGGGCGAGUGA